AUGCACAGAAUACAGAAAGCAUCUGCCAACGACAGUCAUGGUGGGGCAUUACAUACACAAAGCUCUAAGAUCGGUGCGCGGUCCUGCCUCGGCUGCCAUCAGCGUAAGGUCCGAUGCGAUCGAGGAGUCCCAUGCAAAAACUGUUCAAGAUAUAGUGUCCCAUGCAUAUACCCAAGAAGGGAGUCUGAGGGGAAGCCUACUACUGUUCAGCGCAUCUCCGACAGGCUCGAGCGUCUGGAAAAUAUCAUAUCUCACGCGAAAGUCCCGGGACCCUCGAAUGCAGAAGCUGAAGCUCCGAAUGACGGGGGUCAAAAGAGAUCAGCAACUACACAAUCUUCACAUGAGCCAUGGGAGCUGCUGCUGAAUGAUGGACAAGCUAUUCAAUACGUCAAUAAUUCAAAUAUUAAAGAUCUUCUGCAGGAUGAAGAGCGGAUUCGGGUCACGCAGACACCUCACCUUGGCCAAACUUCCCUGGGAAAAGAGGCAGCAUCAAGCGCUUAUACGACGCCUCGUCAAGAAUGUCCUCUUCCAGACACUGCUUCUGACAUCUUGGAGUUCUACCCUGGCCCAGAAUUGGCACUUCAGCUAUGGGCAAUAUACGUCCAGUCUGUCGAUCCCGUGUUGAAAAUAUUGCAUAUACCAACCGCUCAAUCUGCUGUCAUUGCCACAAUUUUGAAUCCAAAGUCUGCAGGGCGAUCCAUGGUAGCGUUGACAUAUGCUAUAUAUUUUGCUGCAUUAACUGCACUGGAAGAUGGUGCCGGGGAGACCACCCUUCCUCUAGAGAAGAAAGAGCUUUUGAAGCGCUAUAGGCUCCCACUAGAGCGGCUUCUCAUCGACACAGAUGUUAUGAAUAGUCCAGAGAUGACUUCAUUGCAGGCUCUCGCCAUUUUUGUCACUUGUCUACGGGUGAAUGAGACUGGUCGAAGCAUAUGGAUUCUGAUUGGACUAGCAAUCAGACUAGCACAAUCCAUCGGAUUACAUCGCGAUGGCGCCCGUCUUCGUCUGAGCCCUUUUGAAACAGAAAUGCGUCUCCGCCUUUGGUGGCAUCUUUGCUCGCUCGACUCCCGAGCUCCGGAGGACCAUGGUUUUGAGCCCGUGGUCGACGUGGUGAAUGCCAACUUGCGACUUCCUCUGAACAUUAAUGAUGAUCAACUCUACCAAAGUAUGACGGAACUCCCAGCCGAGAGCGACGGCUGGACAGAGAUGUCAUUUUUCCUCGUUCAAACAGAAGCAUGCCGGCUCAUGCAUCCAGUUAUUGGGACUCGACGACACAGUUCCACGGAUACGCUUGCUGAUAUUGCAGAAAAGCGAAACUUCCUCACAGAGCGCGGUGAAGCCUUGAGGAACAAAUACGGUUUUCAAUCUGAAACGCCUAGUGAGCUAUGCCGUGUUGCAUUCCAGCAUUGCAAUACCGCUCGCUACAAGAUGAACUUUAUACUCCAACUGCGAGAGGAGUUGGUCACUCAAAAGCGGGAUAGCUUACAGAGCGAGGAAGACAGCGUCCACAGGCUAUCAUUCAAAAUAGCAUGCGACGAGCUAGAAAGCCAUCGCACGUGUACAAAAGGCAGCCUUGCUUCUAGGUUCAAAUGGCUGUUUCCCGCAUUCACGCAGUGGUACGCACUGGCCUACGUUUUACGUUGCCUAUGUACCUCGUCCAGUAUUCCUAACGCUGAUUACGUCUGGUGUCUGAUUGAGGACACUUUCCCUCAAUACAUGCGGCAUAAUGAUCAAUCGGCCACCGCGCAGGACGCCAAUAAGCAAUCCACAAUUUGGAAGUGUCUGUCCUGGUUAAGACAUCAAGCUUUACUUCUGAGGAACUCACAGCCCUCGGUUGGAGGUCGGAAUGCUCAAAGUGUUGGGCUCGAAACAGGUCAGAUGGAAGCUCAAACGAUUCCCUCUCGGCAGAAUAUAUUCAAUCGCAAUGGUGACCCCAUACCCAAGUCCGACCAGAAUCCUGUCUCUUCUUUGGACUUUCUGUCGUCAGAUCCUCAAUUUCUAUCCGAUUGGAAUGCUGUUAUGAACAGCUAUCUGAUAGAUGGAGAUGAAAUGAACAUGAUGUGA